AUCCCCGCUCCGGUGAACCUGUAAACUCCGGACACAUGAUCCGUUCAGACCUACCUCGGGGAUGGGAGGAAGGUUUUACGGACGAAGGCGCCAGUUACUUCAUAAACGGUGUGUAUCCUGCCAGACGAGCAUGAGGCGGGAAAAGGAAUGCAUCACCGCACUGUUUACCUCUUCCUCAUUUUCUCGCUUACACGUAUGAUACAUUUGCUCUCUCUCUGCCAUCUCCCUCCUCUCUCUCUCUCUCUCGCUCUCUCUCGCUCUCUCUAUUUUUCUCUGUGAGUAUGCUCAGUCAUUCAGCUCCGUGCACUGCUGUUUCGUGAAGCUGGAGAGCCAGUGGGAAGCCUGUGAUUGGGGAAAUAAGCGCUUGUGCAGGAGCCGGCUACCUCAGAGACAAACUAGAUACAGUGGAGGGACGCAGGGGCUGUGGAUUUUAACCUGCUCAUAUCAAGAAGAGAUGGAAAUGUUGUACCUGUGAACUUUGGAGAGAAUGUUCUGCACGUGUAAAAGACAUAAACAGCUCCUGUUUGGUAUCAGCAAUUGCUGGAGAAACCGAGGUCUCUGAAAUCUGCUGCUUAUCUUCAACACUGUCUGAUGUAGAUUUUUGCCGAGCCGAAUCACUGAGAUGUAAGGUGAAGACACGUAUUACGCGUAAUUCAACAGCCAAAAGGUACAGCUCAGCAAGGGUAACCUCGAAGACAUCUGUUAAACCUGAUUACACCUGAGACGCGAGGGAAAAUGACUGGCUCGAAGCAGGUUUAAAGGAGUAACCUGUGAUGUCAGACUUCACCUGGGGCAAUUGUCUGAGACUCGGCUGAGUAGUUGUGGGGUUGUCGUGGGGGGUUGGCGGCAGACUUCAUUUCCAGGUGUGUAAACCACACCAGACUUGACUCACCUGACAUCAUCCCGUCUCUGUUUGGGCUCAUAUUCUCAGUAAUCCCUGCUCUCAAACCCACCACCACCUCUCGUUUUCUCCCCAUGGAGCCACUGAAGAGGCGAGAGAAGAGACGCUGAUUAAUGUGACUCCCAGCAGCCUGUGUCUGAUUCCACAGCACUAGAAAUAGAAAGCAGAAAGAAACAGCGGCGGCACUUGUGAACUGUUAUCACGUGGAACAAGAGAAGCACCAUGUGGAAUCAGUCAGGAUACUGCAAUCACAUACCUCACCCCGCAUAUCCCUUCUACCAUGCACCCUGCAGUCAUAACCAGAGGACCACGACGUUUUGCCAUCCUGUGACCGGACAGAUUUCUCAGGAGAACAUGGAUUUUAUCCUACAAGAACAGCCGCAGGGUGCUCGCAUGGUGUCCAAAAACUCGGGUGAGCAGUUCUCCAGCACCACCGUCAGCGAGGCCUCCACUGCCAUCACCUCCUCCACUGUGGACACCACCCCAGCCUCCAAGGGCUCCCGGUCCAGUGGCAAGGUGCACAGCUUUGGGAAGAGAGAGCAGGCCAUUAAAAGGAAUCCCAAUGUCCCUGCGGUGGUCCGAGGAUGGCUGUACAAACAGGACAGUUCUGGGAUGCGUCUUUGGAAGAGGAAGUGGUUCGUCUUGGCUGAUUUCUGUCUGUUCUACUACAAAGACAGCAGAGAGGAAUCGGUCCUAGGCAGUAUUCCUUUGCCCAGUUAUAUCAUUUCACCUGUGGGACCUGAGGACCACAUCAGCCGCAAGUAUGCCUUUAAGGCUAGCCACACUGGUAUGCGCUCGUACAUUUACAUGCAGAGCUCUGUGAUUGGCUCGCAGGCGGAACACACUGGGAUGCGGACGUAUUACUUCAGCGCUGACACCCAGGAGGACAUGAACACCUGGCUGAGGGCCAUGAACCAGGCUACACUGAUGCAGAACCACGCCGACAGACUCAUCAGACCAUCUGACAAGUUAGAGAAGUUGAACUUGUUUCAGCAGCAUGCUGUCCCGCAGACAAACCACCUAAACCAUCAUAAGACCAAGACCCCAGACUCUGAGACCACAAGACCCAUAAUCCACGAAGUUCUCCUGGAGCCCAUACACCACGACUCAGACGAACACUGCAGCUUCCACAAAGAAUCUCCUGCCACCACCUUGUUGAAGCACCCCAUAGGAAGUACAGCCCUGGAGAUGGACACACACACUUCUCUCCCCUCCAACCCUGCACCCUCUGUAAUCCCACAGCCAGACCACAUGUCUGCCUCAGCACCCGUGUCCAGGGUUCCAUCCCGGGCACCAUCACGGGCUGCCUCGACACUGCCAUCCAGUGUUUGCACGAGGAAUGGCCUCGUCUCUACGCCUAGCCCCAUCCUGGAGCCCAAUGGGAUUGCGGCUGGGACAUACCAGAGGGCCCCAGCUCCGCCCUCUGCUGUGACUCACAAACAGGUGCAGAGGAGAAGUGCUCUGGAGCAAGUGGAGCAGUGGGUCCAAGUGCAGAAGGCUGAGCAAAAAGGCCCCCCAUCCAGAGACAACACCCUCCCUCGUCGCACACCACCAACCCAGCACAAGUUCACCUCUAUUGACGCAUACCAGACCCUGCCAAAGACUCCUCGCCAGAGCCCCCUGACCGCGCGACUUGGUGAGUACAAGUAUGCCCAGGACCGUCUCAGCCACUUCCGCCUCACCCCUGAGCAGGCUGGCCCAGGGUCAAACACCGUCUGGCAGCUAUACGAGUGGCAGCAGCGCCACCAGUUCCGUCACGGCAGCCCCACAGCACCACUCUACACUCCGGCUCCAGAGUACCCAUUUGGUCCACGCCCUCCAUCCACUGUGCCUCCCUCCUCCUCAGCAUCUAGAUCCGAACGACCGGCCCGGUGUGUGUCGGUACCACCUUCAUCUGCAGACAUCCCUCCACCAGGGCCUCCACCCGGCACCAGCCGAACCCUGUCGCCCACACGCAGGCCGCACACGCCGGCUGAACGGGUGACAGUCAGGCCCGUGGGUGAUAGAUCAGUGGUGGACAUACCCUUUGCUGUUUCCCCCCGCAGGACCAAAUCUCAGCUGCUCAAGGCCACUACUCUCGAGAGACGGUCAAUGCCUCCUUCUGGCUACAUCACACACACAGUCAGUGCACCUAGCCUUCAUGGCAAAACGCCCGAGGAGCUCACCCUGUUCCUCAUUCAGCUGCGCCGGCAUCAGGCCAAGAUGGCCUCCGCACGUCAGCACACGUUAGCCAAACUGCAGCGGCUCAAUGGUCCCAAAGAUUCCUUCCACCACUUCCUCACUACUACCACCACUAGCACCAGCCCCAUCCUCAGCUCCGGCCCUUCUCCUGUGUCCCACCUCGGACAUGUGGGGCUCUCGGCUCCCCUGGGCCCUUGCAACACCCAGGUUGAUGACACCUAUAUGCAGCUGAAGAAGGACUUGGAGUAUCUGGACCUAAAGGUAGCUGGAAGUCAGAUGCUGAAGGAGUCAGGGAAACCUGUCAAGGUUGCAGAAAGUGACGUGGAUGUGAAGUUAAGUCAGUUGUGUGAGCAGGACAACAUCCUCAAGGAUCUGGAGGCAAGGAUCAGCUCCCUGAAGGAGGACAAGGACAAGCUGGAGAGUGUACUAGAUCUGUCCCACCAGCAGAUGGAGCAGUACCAGGAUCAGCCGGCCCACGCCCACAAGAUCACCUAUCAGCAGAGACUGCUGCAGGAAGAUCUGGUCACCAUCAGGGCCCAAAUAUCACGCCUCUCCACGGAGAUGGCACAGGCCUGGGGGGAGUACAGCAGGCUGGAGAGAUCAGUGGAGCAGCUGAGGACGGCGCUGCAAGCACACAUGAACCACAGCGCCACCCUUCAGCCAGAGAAAGCUGAGAUGAAGCGCGAGCUGUGGAGGAUUGAGGACGUCAUGGCGGGGCUGAGUGCCAGCAAAGCCAACUACAAGAUCACCAUUGACUCUGUCCAGAAUCCAGAGAGGAAAUUAGUGCCUUCGGUAUCAGACCCGGCAGUGCCUUCUCAUAGCACAGAGGUCCAGCCUCCUCCUCGCAGCUCCAUCCCCAGCAUCUUCUCCCACACUUUGCCUCACAGCACCGUGCCAAAGUGGGCAGAGGACACCGCCCCGCCCAGGCCACCACUUCCUCGCCUCUAUGACUACGAGGAGACACCCCCUGUGGUGCCGCCUCUCCCCAAAGAGGCCUCAGUCAUCCGCCACACAUCGGUGCGUGGGCUGAAACGGCAAUCAGAUGAGAGGAAGAGGGACAGGGAGAGCGGCCAGUAUGUUGUCAAUGGAGACUGUAAGACUGACUUGCGGUCAUACCUGAGUGAACCAGAGCUGCCAGGAGUUAGCUACCAUAGCACCGGGUCUGACGUUGACUACCAUUAUUUCCAGAGCAAAGGUCUGCCAGGCUCCUUAUCUCGACAGAACCAGUCCAACUCUAUCUCCUCCUACGUCACCCUAAGGAGAGGCCCCGGGAUCUCUGCAGCCAGGGAGAGACCUAAGAGUGCCUUGGAGCGUUUGUCAUCGCCUACAGAAGCCCUGCAGCUCCAAAACAGCCAGUCUCGAGGGCGAAUGACUGCAGAGGAGCAGCUGGAGCGGAUGAAGCGCCACCAGAAGGCACUUGUUCGUGAGCGCAAGAGGAACCUCAGCCAGGGCGAGCGCUCCUCCAUGGGCAUGUCCACCUCCACUGUCACCACCCAGCGCUCUGCCUCCUCCUCCAGGCUGCCCUCUAGCACCUCCGAUCCUUCGGUCUCCGUGUUUGACUGGCAGGAGGAGCGACUUGGGGCAGAGGGGCAGAGCGACGAAGGCUGGAAUCAAGUGAAAGAGAGAGGGAGGAUUCAAUCAAAUGAGUGGGUGACAGCAACGGCCACACAUGUACGAGAGGUGGAUGUGGAGCCCUUCGAUUAUGACCUGGAUAUCAGCAGAGAGCUGUCCAAACCACAGAAAGUUCCCAUCCCAGAGCGCUACGUAGAGUCAGACUCUGAGGAGCCACUGAAUCCAAAGGAGUUGGAAGAACGCUCUCGCCGGGCCGAACGCAUCAAGAACCUCCUGGCCAAAUCCAGUGUUCAGAACAUCCAUCCGUCUGCAUCACUGGACUUCAGUGAGCUGGACUCAGCUUUACAGCAGCAGGAGAGGAUCAUGAGUGUGUCCCAUGCUCUGGCCUCUGAGGCCUCACGCAAGAGCAAACUGGUCGCAGCCAAAGCUGCUGCAGAACACUGACCCAUAAGAACGACCAACACAACAAAACAGAAGAGAUUAUUUGAGAGCUUUAGUUGAGUUAGUAGAGAUUAGUUGUGGGUUUGAUCAGUUUUCAACAGUUGCCAACUAAUUGAUUCACUUGUAAUAAAUCUCUUAUUUACGAGUGAGAACAAGAUACUUGUUUUUUUUUUAAAGAGUUUUAAUUCAUAGUUUUGAAAUAGAAUCAAGUUUUCUUGCUUCACCACUUACAUUGCACAAUUAAGUAAGAAUACUUUAACAUGAGUGAAUGCUUGUUUUUUAUUAUCUGCAAUUACCUGUUUUACAGUUUGGCUUGUAUUUUAGUGAAUAAAAUAAGAGCAAAAUGAAAGCCAGUGCCAACAUGCUUAGAUUGGAGUAUGAAUAUUUUGACAUGAAUCGUUUAUUUAUUACAUUUGGCUUGACAUGCUUGUUCAACUUCUAAUGUACAGUUUCUCAAACUGUUUUGCCCAAUGAUGACGGUCCUGCCAUUCAACUCAAAUGCAUUACAAUUUAACAUGAAAAGCAAUUAACAUGAAAAAAAUUAAGUCCUUACAGAAAAUAAAUAUUAGAAAAAAAGUUAA